ACCGUUUCAGGUGUUUCAUCAGCUGACCAAUCGACUUAUCAUAACACACACAAUGUAAACAAUCAAUUUUUUUAAAUUUCUUGUGACUCAUUGUUUGGCUACGCCUAUGAAGAAAAUCGACAAAAACUAUGGACAUGACAGAAGAAGAAAUAGAAAAACAGGAGUGCGUCCGGUCACCGUCUCUCUCCUCGGUUUCCGGUGACGAAGAAUCGGAUUCAUCAGCACAUCUUUCCACGACUUUCAUCGACGCGCAUAAUUAUAUUACACUGAAGGAAGGUUGCCAGUUUGCUUUUACAACUGAAGAACUGACAGAAGCGUUAGAAAGAUGUAAAACGUUGGUCAUGACUAGCGAAGAAUGCUCAGAUGAAAGAAAAUGGCUAGUGAGACGGUUGGUCGAGCUUCGGCACAGGCUGGCGCAGGCGAAGGAAAACGAAUUAAUAAAAAAUCAACCAGAGCAGGAAGAAGUGCAAGUACGCUUAGGCCAUAAUUUUGUGGUAAACUACCAACCAGCUUCGGCGACUUCUCUCUACUGCGACCACUGCUGUGGUACCAUUUGGAAUGUCGUCUCUUAUUAUUACAGAUGCAUUGAUUGUUCAUACAGAAUUCAUAUAAAAUGUCUACACUUUAUAACAAGAGUAUGUCCAAUACUGAUUAUAUCUGAACAGGGAAGUUACGAAACCAAAAUUUGCCCCGAAGUAGGAUUGGAUCGUCAAGAUUACAAAUGCUUCGAAUGCGAAAACCCGAUCAAUUUUGUUCAACGGGGAAACAAUGAGGCGAGGAAAUGCGAUUACUCUGGGCGAUAUUUUUGCAAGUCUUGUCAUUGGAACUCAUUAAGUGUUAUACCCGCGAGGAUAAUGCAUAACUGGGAUUUCGAACCAAAACCAGUAUCUCAGGCUGCAUAUCAGUUGAUUAAAAUGACUAAGGAAAGACCUUUGAUCAUUUUAGACAAUUCUUUAUAUCCUCUUAUUGAGGAGCUCAAUAAAAUUAAAAAAAUGAGAGAACAGCUUGGUCACAUGAAACUAUACAUUUCAACUUGUCGGUCUUCGUUGGAGAGCGGUUUUCAUAAACGUGAGUUAGAGUGGAGAAGGCAUCUUGUUCACAACACUGACAUUUUUAGCCUUGAUGAUUUAAAUGAUUUACACAACGGACAACUUCGUAUGAAAAUUGAAUCAAUACAUAGCAAGUUGAAAAAGCACAUAAAAGAAGAUUGCGAGGUUUGCAAAGGUCGAGGCUUCUUUUGUGAAUAUUGCAAAAGUACCGAGGUUAUUUUCCCUUUUGACAAUAGUGUAUAUAUUUGUCCCAAGUGUGAAUACGUUCAGCAUAAGCAUUGUUGGAUGACGAGAAACGCUUGCCCAAAAUGUGUACGAAAAGAAAGCAAGACUGAUAAAGCUGAUGAAUAAAACUAGAACAAUUUUUUAACAUUAAUUAAAACAAUAACAAUGUUAAAUAAUACUGUUGAAAUUUAGAGUGUGCAAUAUUUUGCUUCCUGUUUAUGUUAAUAAUAAAAUCCAUGUCUUUUAUUA